AGAGCCACUAUAGCAGAGCAAAUAACAUCAACAAAAUGUAUCUUAACUGCGAUAUGUCCAUAGCAAGCUUGCAUAAGGAUUAUUAUGUUCCGUGGUGUCAACAACAAAACAUUAUUCCAGGUGAAACAAAGUGCUUACCGUAAAAUAUUUUGCACUGAAUACAAUAUCGGUUUCAAGCUGCCCAAGUCUGACACAUGUAAAAUAUGUGACGAGUCAAAGAUCAAACUUGAUAUUGUCAAAUCAAACAACGAUGACAAAGAGGAACAAAGGCUAACUACUUCCUUGACUUUACACCAAAAUAGAACUAAAGCAAUGCAAAAUUUGCUGAAAUUAGAGACAGACCGAUCAAAAAGUACAACAAACGUAUGUGUUAUCAGUUUUGACUUACAGCAGGCAAUGCCUAUACCCAAGCUUACAACAGGCCCAGAAUUUUAUUGCCAGAAAAGUUUGGCUCUAUAACCUUGGAGUACACGAUUGUACUGCUCAACAGGGUCACAUGUUUUUGUGGACAGAAAAUCAAGCCAAACGUGGAGCGGAUGAAGUUGCUUCUGUACUUUUUAAAUUUCUUAAAGAUAAAAAGGAUGUAGAUCACCUUGUUGUAUUCACGGAUAACUGUCCUGGUCAAAACAAAAAUUGGCAACUUAUGGCAUUUUGGUUGCAGUUAGUUAAAGAGAAAUGGUUUAAAACAAUAACACAUCAUUUUCUUGUUACUGGACAUACCCACUUGCCGUCGGACCGGGACUUCGCGUUGAUUGAAAAACGGCAUAGAAAAUAUGCUCCUGAAGUGUAUUCCCCAGAAGGUUGGCACAAAAUCAUCAAAGAUGCUAACAACAAGAAUCCUUUCAAGGUCACAGUUAUGCAGCAAGAAGAUUUCCUCAAAUUUGAACUAUUGUUGGCCAAUGUUCAAAAGAGUACUCGCAUGAGUAACAAGGAAAAUUUAGACUUCUCUGGUGUAUAUACCUUCCAUUUUAAAACAGAAAAUACAAAAUCUUUUUUUGUUAAGCACUCUGUAAACGGUGAGUAUAACGAAGUGAAUAUUACAAAAAAGGGUAGGCCUGUGAAUACACCCUUAUGUCAGCUGAAAAAUAAGUACAUGGAACCUAUAAAAAUUUCAAAGAAGAAACUUAAAAAUGUACAAUCUCUUUUUCCAUAUAUACCCCCAAUACAUCUACCCUUCUUCAAUGGACUAACCUCCAGAGAAAGUGAUGAAGAAGAUGUUGAAAUCGUAUAGCAGAAAAGUGCGGUAGAGUUUAUAAUCCUCAUUUCCUUAUAAAAAUAUUACUGUAUUUUUUUAUAGGCAAUAAUCUGACAAGCCACAUUGUUUUUGUAAAAAAAUUUUUUUUGGGAUAUCAGUUGUCUUUUUUUCACUCUUCCUCAACAAAUUCAACAGAUACGGAUUUAAAAGCCUCAAAAAAAAUUAUUCAAGUUUAAUUAUGAUAACGUUGAUUUUUCACAUUUUUCCAAAACUUAAAAGUCAAAUAACUCCUUAUUAUGCUUUUGUGGCUUAUCGCGUUAUUACAAUAAGCCCUUCAUUUGUAAGCUGGUCCGACUAGUUUCUUCAUUUCGU